GGAUAUAUGUCCUCUUUCUGCCUUCCUCUUCGAAGGUAAAAUAACACAAAGAUGACUCGGUACGCAGCCGAUCCAGAGAAUCCUACAAAGUCUUGUAAAGCACGAGGCUCUAAUCUUCGUGUGCACUUCAAGAACACUCACGAGACGGCUGUUGCCAUUAAGGGUCUGCAUGUACGCAAGGCCAACAGAUAUCUGAAGGAUGUGAUAGCUAAGAAGCAGAUCAUUCCAUUCCGUAGAUUCAAUGGUGGCAUUGGACGUAAAGCUCAGGCCAAGAACCACAAUGCCCCUGGGUCCCAGGGCCGAUGGCCAAAGAAGAGUGCUGAGAUUCUUCUGCAGCUCCUCAAAAAUGCAGAGAGCAAUGCUGAGUUUAAGGGAUUGGAUGUCGACUCAUUAGUGGUUGAGCACAUACAAGUGAAUGCUGCUCCCAAGAUGAGGAGAAGAACCUACAGAGCUCACGGACGAAUCAAUCGUGAGUCAACGUUUCUUCUUUUUUUCAUUUCUGUUAACAAGUAUUUCAUUGACUCUUUACUUUUCCUGGUCUGUAGCACUAGCUGUCUAAAAAAAAAUUAAAUCCAGUCCUUGAUU